CCGCGGAAGUGCCUGCAAACAAUAAGACGGGCGUGAGGAGCGUCGGUCUGCGCUCCGUGUGAGGACGAGGGUCAGCGUUUAAAAUAAAUAAUAAAAAAAUACAUACAUACAUACAGCAACACUUGGUCGCACAGUCAGUGAGCCUACGAACCAUGGAAGUGGAGCGGGAGCUUAAAAAGGUCACUCUGGGCCACGAGAUUGGAGCUGGAGCACCAUGUCUGAAGUGCAAAGAUAAAUGUGAAGGCUUUGAGCUGCACUUCUGGAGAAAGAUCUGCCGCAACUGCAAAUGUGGCCUGGAGGACCACGACGUGCAGAUGGGCUCCGAGGAGAGAAAGAAGGUGGGCAAGCUCUUCGAGGACACCAAGUACACCGGCCUCAUCGCCAAGCUGAAGAAAGAUGUUCUGCCCCCUGCACCGGGCAGCACGGCCCCCCUCCCCACUGAUGCAGCAGUCAAGAAGGACGCUGCGCCGCUCUUGAAGGUGGCGACGUACGAGUGGGCUCCGCCGGUGGCCAACCCGAGCCUGGCCGUACGCUACAUAGAGAUGCUGCCCAAGGAGAAGCAGCCAGUCACAGGCACCGAAGGCGCCAUGUACCGCAAGAAGCAGCUGGCCAAGCAGCUGCCCGAACACGACCAGGACCCGGCCAAGUGCCACGAGCUGUCGCCGGGCGAGGUCAAGCAGAUGCAGCAGUACGUGAAGAAGUACAAGGAGGAGGCGCUGGGUGUGGGUGACCUAACGCUGCCUGAGGACCUGAAGAGCCAGGCUCACGCUGCCGCGAGGGAGGCCCCUGCGGCUGGGAACGGGGGUGGAGCAGUGCCAGGCAGAGCCACCACGGCUGCUGUGGGGACGGUGGGACCUGCAGGAAGUCCUCAAGCUGCAGCCAAGGCUGGACAAGCCUUUUCGUGCCACCACUGCCAGCAGCCGAUGCGGCAGGGCGAGCCAGCCGUGUACGCCGAGCGGGCCGGCUACGACAAGCUGUGGCACCCGGCCUGCUUCGUCUGCAGCGUCUGCGCCGAGCUGCUCGUCGACAUGAUCUACUUCUGGAAGAAGGGCAAGAUGUACUGCGGCCGUCACUACGGUGACAGCGAGAAGCCGCGCUGCGCUGGCUGCGAUGAGCUGAUCUUCAGCCUGGAGUACACGCAGGCCGAGGGCCAGGACUGGCACCUGAAGCACUUCUGCUGCUUUGACUGCGACUGCGUGCUGGCAGGGGAGACCUACGUCAUGGAGAAGGACAAACCGGUGUGCAAGCCGUGCUACAUGAAGAACCACGCCGUGUGUUGCGCUGCCUGCCAGCAGCUGGUGGAGCCUGAGGCCCAGCGCGUCGCCUAUGGGGAGCACAACUGGCACGCCGAGCCCCAGUGCUUCCGCUGCUCCGGCUGCUCCUGCUGCCUCAUCGGCCAGCGCUUCAUGGUCGUGCAGGGCCGCCUCUUCUGUUCAGUGGAGUGCAAGAAGAAGACUCCGGCCUAGGGGGCGCCCAACUGCAUUAAGACACAUAAAGCACCUUCACCCAGCUAGGGGGCGCCCAUCUGCAUUCAGACACGUAAAACACCUUCACACAGCUAGGGGGCGCACAUCUGCAUUCAGACAUGUAAUACACCUUCACACAGCUAGGGGGCGCACAUCUGCAUUCAGACAUGUAAUACACCUUCACACAGCUAGGGGGCGCACAUCUGCAUUCAGACAUGUAAUACACCUUCACACAGCUAGGGGGCGCACAUCUGCAUUCAGACAUGUAAUACACCUUCACACAGCUAGGGGGCGCACAUCUGCAUUCAGACACAUAAAACACCUUCACCCAGCCUUUAUCAGUGUUCUUAAUGCUUCCGUUGUUGUUCACAAUCCCCUCUGAGGGUUGUGCAGGUCUGUCUUAUGUCCGACAGGAAUUUCUAGUGAUUGUACAGGUGAUUUUUUUUUUUAAUACCUACAACAUGAACUUGAGAUUAAGCCAAAGCAAGCUGUUUCCUUGCACUGUAUUAAUGAUAUGCUUACUAGUAGCAUUCAAAGUGACUACUGACCCUUGGGGGGGCGCUCUAACAUCAGGUGAACAGAGGUCACGGUCGGAGGACAUCUGAUGCCAAGUCAGGGAUUCUUCUUUCUUACACCAAGUAUCUGGAGUAAUGUGUGGUGCUCAUACCUGGUUAGAAAUACAAAGCAAUAGGUUUCUUACAGCAUUGUUGUAUUUUUAUCAUGCUACUCAGUUGCACUUUAUUAAACGCCUUUCAUACACGCUAAUAAAGUAUCACUGAUGGAGAUGGAA